AUGGCUCAAAAACAAACAUUCCCUAUUGAAUAUGAAUUAUUACUAAAAAACAAACAGCUUAGUACUAAAUCAAAACUAUUACCUUUAUCUCCAUUUAUGGACAAGGAUAAUGUAAUGCGAGUCGGCGGUCGAUUGGAAACGUCUGAUUAUCCGUAUGAGAAAAAACAUCCCAUUCUAUUGCAUUCAACUCAUCAUUUAACUAAACUUUAUUUCGAAAAAGAACAUCUGCAAAAUAUGCAUGCUGGACCACAGCUUCUUUUAGCUACGGUUCGAGAAAUCAUUUGGCCUAUCGGUGGCAGACAUUUGGCAAGACGAACAGCUAAUAAGUGCGUAGUUUGCAGACGUGCUAGAGGUACUACUCUCCAUCCUAAAAUGGGCGAGUUACCACUACAAAGGGUAACACCAAAUUUUCCCUUUCUGUCGGUCGGUAUAGAUUUUGCCGGUCCAUUUUACAUAAUUAAUCGUAAAGGUCGGGGUAAUAAACUUAUCAAGUGCUAUUUAUGCUUGUUUAUUUGUUUACGAUACAAAUGUAUCCAUUUAGAAGGAGUCAGUGACUUGUCAAAAGAUGCAUUCCUUAUGACACUUCGACGAUUUAUAGCGCGUCGAGGAAAGCCAGCAGAGAUCUUCUGUGACAACGGUCGUAAUUUCGUUGCUGCCGCUAAAGAAAUAAAUAACUUUUUAAAGGACAAUAAAGAUUCUUUACGUCAUUUUGCCAAUCAAGAGCAAAUUCAAUUUAAAUUCACACCACCUUAUUCUCCUCACUUUGGCGGGCUCUGGGAAGCCGGCGUAAAGAAUUCUAAAUAUUACAUAAGACGCGUGAUCGGAAAUAGUCACCUAACUUUCGAAGAGAUUUUAACUUUAUUUUCUCAAGUAGAGGCGAUUUUGAACAGCCGUCCCCUAUAUCCUCUGUCGUCCUCUCCCGAUGAUUUCCUUUGUCUCACUCCAGGGCACUUUCUCAUUGGAAGACCGUUGCGUGCACUGCCUUCCCCCAAUCUACAAGACUACAAAGAAAACAAUUUGCAAAGAUACCAAAGAAUUGAGAAAUUACGUCAGCAUUUUUGGAACAGAUGGCAGAAAGAAUAUAUAUCGGAGCUGCAGCAAAGAACAAAAUGGAAGACCAAUACUGCAAAAUUGAAAAUUGGAGACUUAGUCAUUAUUCAAGAAGAUUACUUACCUCCUUUGUGUUGGAAACUGGGACGAGUAUUACGUUUAUUCCCUGGACCAGACGGCAUUUCGCGUGUAGCUGAUGUCAAAACUGCAGGAGGAUGUCUACGACGCCCUCUAGUUCGAUUUUGUCCUCUACCAAAUGAAGAGGAUUUUAAAUAUUGA